GCCGACAAGCAAAGAGUACAGAUAACACCAUUUGGAUCAACUUACUACCUUCGACAGCUUGAAUCGAAAGAACUUCAAAAAUAUUUUCAUACGGAACUUAAGAACACUGAAAGUCAAAGAAGCUCUCUUCAAGGUAAGAAGAAACACUGCUUUGACAAUGUCUGCAUUUGAGGCCCAGGAACAGUCUCCGCCACGUUGUGGGCCUCAAUUCCCGAGCCUUGGCCAGGAGCCCCCUGAACUCAGUCUCUACAGUGAUUGUUACUACCCUCCGCCAUCCUUGCCAAGUCCUCAACGCACCACACCUACCUCUUAUGAGCUAGGUGACUACAGCACCACAUCUCCAAACCCUUACCUUUGGUUCAACGGCUCUGGGCUCAACACACCCUCAUACUUGACUACCAACGGUCCGCCUGGGAACCCAGGCCCUCCCUUCGUCCCACAGCACUAUGGCAUGCAACGGCCUUACCUGGGUCCAACUGGAGCAGGAGGCCCAGGGGGUGAAUUGAGCUGGUUCUCGCUCCCAUCACAGGAGGACCUGAUGAAGUUGGUCAGGCCGCCUUAUUCUUACUCGGCUCUCAUCGCCAUGGCUAUUCACGGGGCACCUGACAGGCGGUUGACCUUGAGUCAGAUAUAUCAGUACGUUGCAGACAACUUCCCUUUCUACAACAAGAGUAAAGCAGGAUGGCAGAAUUCCAUCAGACACAACCUGUCGCUAAAUGACUGCUUCAAAAAAGUACCAAGGGAUGAAGAUGACCCAGGCAAGGGAAACUACUGGACGCUUGACCCAAACUGUGAAAAGAUGUUUGACAAUGGGAACUUCCGCCGCAAAAGGAAGAGAAAGUCCGAUUCCCUCUCUGGUGUUGAUGGUAGUUCAGGGGGCCCUGAGUCAGGUGAGAGUGAGAGGGACAGCCCCAAACACUCUGCCAACUCUUCCCUAAACAUCUCCCAGACCCCGGACAGAAUCCCUUCACCGUCGUCAUCUGGCGCUACACCUUGUCUGAGCAGCUUCCUGUCUGAAAUGUCGGGAGUGUCAGCUGGCUCAACUACUGAUGUGGGAGGCGAUGGAUUGGGGAGAGCCCUGCAGGUCAACCUUCCCAUGGAUGGGCCACACAGGCUUCCGCAACCUACAAGUUUUAGCAGCUACUCCCCAAACUCUGCUGGCCGAGAGUGGCUUCCACAGGUGCAAGCUCCCCCUGUGCUUUCUUCUUCACCCACCCACUCUUCGCUCGGGUACCCCAGCCCCAUCCUCAGCCAGUACAAUGCAUCCAGUGGACACUUCUACCCCACCCUGAGCUCGUCAGGAAUCGUCUAUCACCGCGAGGGCACUGAAGUUUAACUAAAAUUUAUUCAAAUUAAUGUAUUGACAAGACUAGUUUUCAUUUGCAGUAUACUUGUCAUCUUUAGAAGGGAACACACACCCUAAGCAUGUUUGCGCUGACAGAGACGGUUGAAAUCACAAAAGCGUGUGACAGCAGUAUAAAACACCUUAGAUUCCCACAGAAACAGCUGAGUCAGCAGCAAAAGGCUGAAACUGUCUGAAACUUCCAAAUCUAGUGUCAGCUUUAUUCCUACCAAAGCUAGUUUCUAUCAGAGCUGACUCAUUCUGAACUGAUCUGAGAUCUGAUCUGCUGACGUCAGUGUGUUCCACUCUACUAUCUGUGAUUCUUUGAUGGUAUCACACAAAUACAACGUCCAGGCAGCAGUUUGUAGAUGAGCGGUUAAAUUAUACUUUUGUCUACACAUUAUUUUCAUGUGAACCAUUAUUUUGAUUUGUUAUCUCCUAAAUGAUGAACUUCUUGUUGUUCUUGUAAAUAUGUCCAUGUGUCUUUUUAUCUUAAUCCUUUAUAAUAUUUGGUUGGUAUUUCUCCUGAUAAUGUAGUCGUAAUAUAAGAUAAUUGUGAUGUUGCCUUUUUGAUAUGAAUAAAAAACUUUUGA